UGUAACACACUUUCCAUGGCUGUCAGGUCACAGUGGUCCUAACUUGUGUGCGGUAUCUUCUUCUCGCUGUAGUGUUACGGUUUAGCCACCGUUUAUAUGUGAUGUCAGAUAAGCGCCAGCGUGCCAGAGUCCAGGGCUCCUGGGCCAAACACUCAGGACCAAAAGGUUCAGUCCAAAACAACCAACAACCUAAAAGUGUCCACACUGCUCCUACUUCUUGGGGAUGUGGGCCACAGAAAACGCCUCAGACAUUUGAGUACCACCAGCCCGCCAAACAACUCAGAGAGGCUCCACCUGAAAAGUUGAUAGAAAAUGCAGGUGAUUAUGAGAUUAGCUGCGGACCAUCAGGAAUGUCCAGGCUGCGGCUGCUUCCCGGGUUUCUCUCCCCAGACGAGGCAGACUGGAUGUUCAGUAAGCUGCUAGCAGAGCUUCCUUGGUCCCAGAAGACCAACUUCAGACAGGGUGAGGCGUACGACGAGCCCAGAAUGACCUGCUGGUACGGAGAGUUGCCUUAUACGUAUGCUCGCUCCACUAUGGCUCCAAACUCAGAGUGGCAUCCUUUGCUGUUAACCCUUUGCGGUGUGGUGGAGCAGGCGAGCGGGUGCAGCUUUAACUCCCUGCUGUGUAACCUUUACCGAGACGGACAUGACAGCAUCGGCUGGCACAGUGACGACGAGGCCUCUUUGGGUGACAAGCCCACCAUCGCCUCGCUCAGUCUGGGCGACAUCAGAGUGUUCAGCCUCCGCAAGCAGCCUCCACCGGAGGAAAAUGGUGACUACACGUAUGUGGAGCGUAUCCGGGUUCCUCUGAGUCACGGGACACUUCUGCUGAUGUCAGGAGCGACACAGGACGACUGGCAGCAUCAAGUGGCUAAAGAGUACCAUGACCGAGGACCUCGCAUUAACCUGACCUUCAGAACCAUUUACCCGGAGCCGGAGGGCCACAGGGCAGGGACCAAGCUGAGAUUCACAGCCAAGCAGUCAUAAACUCCCCCCCCUGAGAGGCAGGUACUUUAGACACAACGACGUUUGAUUCAGGGGAGUUUGAGUUUAAGUGGGACUGAACCUGAUAAGGGCCGACAUCAGCUUUUCUGAAAGGAGUUGUGUGACUGUGGAGAUCACACAGGGACGGUUUGACUUUCAGCUGCACCUGUAUUCACCUGUUGCACAAACAGACGGACAUAAUACAGAGAGACGACAGAUAUAAAGAGUCCAAAUAAGACCCUGAAGACUUUAAAAGUGUUUACUACAUACUUUAAAUGUAUUUGUUCAUUUAAAACAGAUAGUUAUUUAUGUUCAUUAAAAAAAAAAAAAAAAAAAGCAUGUUAGUGUUUCAAACUUGUACUUUGACCCAAACAGCUGGUCAUGAGAAGUGUGUUUCUGUACACAGGCUCACUGUUGAUGUGACCUUAAAUGAUUCCCCGCCUUGUUUCUCUUUGGGAGCUUUUGGAGAAAAAAACAUGUGCUAUUAAAAGUUAAGGAGCUGCUAAAAAGGCUAAUUAAGCCAAUUACAGCUCAUGGGUAAUGAGCCUCCCCAUGUGUGGGGAGUCUGUGGUCCUCGGGGGCAGGCGGCCCAGGUUUCGGUUACAAAUCUGUCCCGUCUUUCCCACUCUCUCCUGCCCUGGUUUCCAGCUCUGUUCACUCUCCUCAUUCUCCAGUGGGGGCACGAGGGGCCCAGAGAAAAAAAAAAAGGAAGAAAUUCAAGUAUUUUCAAACCACAGUUUAAAGAUAGAUUCUGUGUAUACGAUCGAUAAUCAAAAGAAAGGAAG